AUGGGCGACGGCACGCGCGCGGUCCGCGUCACCUACGACCCGACCGUGGCGUCCUACGGCCGCCUCCUCGGCCAGUUCUGGCGCGCCGUGGACCCGACGCGCGCCGACGGCCAGUUCGACACGGCCGGCGCCGCGUACCGGACGGCCAUUUGGCCCACGGACCGGCGCGAGGUCGCGUCGGCGCUGACGUCGAAGCAGCGCCUCGACGAGCUCGGCCUCUUCGGCGACCGCCGCGUCGUCACGGAGGUCGUCGCGCUGCCCUUCUCCGGCGCGAAAGCCUACGGCUUCGUCGAGGACUCUUCGCAGGACUUCGCGAAGAAGAACAAGGCCGAGUACGCGACGCUCCUCGAGGCGUCGGGCCGCAACGACUGGUUCGCGGCGACCUACAAGGGCGGCAAGAUGUUCCUGCUCGACGGCGCCGACCCCUGGCCCGCCGGGUCCUUCUCGAGCCUCUAG